AUGGGCGUUUGUGAGCAGGAAAAGAUAAAGGACCAUCUGGGUAACUUUGUGAAUAUUAUGGAGAUCAACCCAAGGGGGGACUUAAUCGAGGCGUUGGUGCAUUUCUGGGAUCCUAAUAACAACGUAUUCCGUUUUGAUGGUUUCGAAAUGACUCCCACUUUAGAGGAGUUAGCUGGAUACACAAAGUUAGGCGAUGAGCUUCGGAAGAAGAGACCCUUGGCCCCGAGGGAUGUCACUGGCAGUAAGUUCCUUGAGCAGAUGACAAUCAGCCAAAAUAAAAUAGCAAGUGUGGAACGAGGGCACGUUCGAUUAGAUUUCUUGUACGACAGGUAUGGGUGUCCGGGUGGAUUUUCAAAGCACGGGAAAGAGCUUGAUAAUAAAAUUGGAUACAAAGCUUGGCAAAGCCAUGGGCGGAGAGCUUUCCUAGUGGCAUUUCUAGGGACGAUGGUUUUCCCGAGGCAUGACAAAAAUAUUGAUAUUCGAUUAUCUGGCAUAGUUACCGCUUUAUUGCGUGGAAAGGAUGUCACUAUCAUUCCUAUGGUAUUGUCAGAUAUUUACCGUGCCCUAACCAAAUGUCAGGAAGGGAAAGAUUUCUUUGAGGGCUGUAACAUCAUACUCCAGAUAUGGUUUUUAGAGCACCUUCUCCUUCACCCCGUACGGGUAAAUUUUAGCGUCCAUUGGUGCAACAAUGAGCUUGAAGAUAGGUCUAAAGUUUUGACCGAAGAUAGUAACUUCCCCAAGGGCGUCGAAGCAUGGAGAGGGUAUCUUCAAAAGUUAACUGCUACUGGAAUCACAUGGAAAUACCACUCAUUCUCACCAAAAGAGGUCAUAUACAGGUCUUACCACCAUUCGUUUUUGAUUUUGAUGGGUCUUCGGGGUUUCCACCCGUAUGUGCCUAUGAGAGCCCUACGCUAA